AUGGCCAAAGCAUUGCGAAAACGUGUAUCGCGGCCGCCCACGAAAGCUGAAGGUAAAGGGCUUGUGAGUGGUACUAGAAGGGAGAACAAGGAUGCCCCUUUGGACGACACAAGCGUUCCUGUCAUUCAGCAGUUUCAGGACCUCAUCGACAUCCAGAAAAAUGAGUUUGAAAAUGUGAGAGCGGGGUUAUCACAGCAGAACGUUCAAUUAGCGCGUUCUAACAGUGGACUCAUGAUUAAAGUGCGUGAGAUGGACGAGUCUAUCAGCGAACUAAUACAGGAAAAUGUGCUUUUACGGUCGAAAAUGUCUCUGAAGGAGCACCAAUUCAAGGAACGACUGGCAGCGGCAAUUGGAGCGUUGGAAGAGGGCGUUCUGCAGCGAUUCGACGAAAUUUUGCAUAUGUUCGAGUCUGUGCGUCGGAAACAAAGCCUAGAUGUGCCACCGGAGUCGCUAGCCCGGCGUUCCGCCCUUAUGAACGAACCUAGGUCCAUUCUGAAAAAAAAUGGAUCUCGCAACAGCCGUGAUAACUCUACAACGGCUAUCGCGUUCAGUGAAAACCGCAAUCAAGUGUUUUCACCAGAGCCCUGCAUUUCUACCAAGCAUACUGUUGCACCUUCUGAGGGUGCAACAAGCCCGGCGGCAAAAAAAAGACGGAAAAGCUCGCGAAGAGAAUCUUUAUUCCAACCUUCAGACUUCGAGUUUUCCGAUUUCCCCGCCAAUGACGAUACAAGUACUACAGAACAGCCGCCCAUGACUAACCCCUCCUCAGCGACUACCACAGAAGAGCGAAAAAGCCCGUCUCCUGAGGGCUUUGAAGAAGCAUUGAAUGAUAGCAAUUUACCGCCAGUACCGCUUCAGGAUUCUGUUGAAGAAUCUUGUAACUUUACAAACUCCCUUAUUGAAUACUCUAUACCAGAAGAACUUCCCGAAAAAGCCAUAGAAAGCUCUGUGACAUCCGAUACCCCCGGUAAAGUUCAAGUGUAUCGCGACCAUGGAAUAGAGCUGCCGAACAACGAUAUGCAGCUGCUACCGAGUACAACGACAAAUAAAGCACAAAGAGCGCAUUCGUCAAGCGCGGAAGUACAACAUCCAACGUUUGUACAAAACGCCACUUCGUCUCAAAAAAAGGUCAAGCAUUCCAUGAAAUCCCGAGGCUCACAAAAGCGAAUUAUUGACGAAGUCAUGCCAACAACUCGAGGUUCUACUGAAGAUCUCUCGGAUUGCUCUCGCUCAAAAAGAACUCGUGGUAAAGAAAUCAACUACGCAUUGCCCUCUUUAAGGGCAAAAAUGAGAAGACCCACCGAAAAACUGGUAGAUGCAACAACAGUAAUCAACAUUAGAGACCUACAGGUCGAGGGUAACCGCCGUAAGUCAGGAUCGUACUCGAGGGAUGGUACGCCGUUGCUUGGCGAAGAGAGUAUUUAUACUUCUCAACCGAGUGCACGUAAAGACACCCCUGAAGUUCUUCAACAGGCACCACCUACUCAUGGUCAUAUUUCUGCACCAAAAGAGUCAGAAAAAAUCGCCGAGAAAAGUAUCACCUCACCCUUGAGUAGUGCUUAUUCUCCUAACAUUCCCAAGCUGGUUCCACUCAAAGACAUCACCAACAAGGCACCCGGGAAGCUAUCUAUGAAAACCAAAAAGCUGUUUAAAAAGCCAAUAGUUGGCGACCUAGGCAGCGAAAACUCCUGCAGCUUUGACGAGAGUUCCGGCAACCGCAGUACAAGCUUCAGGGUCAAUGAGGAAGAUUUGUCGCUACUUAACUUGCUCGACGAUCUUAAAGCCAACACCGUGCCCAAAACACAUAGAGCAAAGGCAAGACAGGAAGCGGAAAAACGCGGUAGAAAGCCAGCAUUUAGAUUAUAG